UGUGAUACAUGUCAUGUCAACCUUUGCAAGGGUUGUUUGGGGGAUCAUAUUUCUAGUGAAGAAUCCAAGAAUCACAUGAUCAUCAAAUUCCAGGCGAAGAAAGCGACUCCACGCUCUCCUUUAUGUGCAUCUCAUGACAGAGAACCAUGCCACAUGUUCUGUGAAGAAUGCAACACCCCUAUGUGCUUAAAAUGCAUUGCAUCCAAUACACACAUAGGUCAUAAACUCUCAAUCUUAAAAGAUGUAUUUUAUUCAAGAAUGGAGACUGUUCAGAGAGACAAAGAUGAACUAGAACAGACAAUCUCUCCUACCUAUUACGAUAUAGCUACCAGUAUAGAACAAAGAAUAACAGAAGCAGAGGAAGACUAUGAAAAAUUGAUCACAAUGAUAACACAACAUGAAGAAAAAUGGAUAAAAACAAUUAAAGAAUAUAUCGGAAACAUGAAAACCGAGGUCAUAGAGAUGAAAAGCAAACACCUAGAAGCACUGGAGAUUCAUUUAGUCGAGAUAAAUCAAAGAAGAGCAGAAGUCAAUGAAACAUUGAAAUCUUGUCACAAGAUAUCAAAGUCAAAUGAAAUGAUGGAAUAUCUUAAUUACAGAUCAAGAAAGGAAGAAUUCCAAAACAUUCCAGCCAAAGUCAAUGUAUUAAGUCCUGAGUUCAAACCAAAACAUCUUGAAGAGGAAAUGUUUGGUGAACUCUUUGGUGCUGUUACAAAAAUGUCCAUCUCAUCAGAGGAAAAUGGUUACACAAUGAAGACAGUAGAUGAAAUUCUGGAAACCAAGUCUAGCAGAUUCACAGAUUGGCUUGAUAAACCAGAAAUAGAAGCCAAAAUCUUCACUGGCCACAGAUGCCUUGGUAUUGCUUGUGUUAACGAAGAAGAAAUAUGGACAAGAGGAGAUAUAAGAGGCCUAGUGAGGCUGUACAACACUAAUAAUAGCUCCCAUAUCAAAGACAUUGAGAUGAAUUCCAGUGUUGAUAGCAUAGCAGUGACAAGAAGUGGAAAUCUUGUUUGUGCUGAUAAAUUUGAAGGAACUAUAAAAAUUGUGAGGAAUAAUGAGAUAGAGGAGUUGAUUAAAUAUCAGUGUGGCUGGAAACCGCUAAGUGUUUAUUGUACAUGCACUGAUGAUAUCCUGGUAGUAGAAUCAGGGUUUUAUAGACCAAAGAAAAAAUCAGUCAAAGACAUUCAUUACUUUGCUCCAAAAGCUGAAACAUCAGUUCGAGUUACCCGUUACUCUGGUUCAAAGGAAACACAGUCCAUUCAGUAUGAUGAUGAUGAAAAUCCUCUCUUUCCACAAGACAUCAAUUUUCCACACAUAUGUGAAAAUAACAACAUGGAUAUUUGUGUUUGUUACAGUUUUUCUAGAUACAACCUUGAAGAUGGAGCAGUAGUAGUGAUUAGCCAGAAUGGGAAAUUGAAAUUCAGGUACACUGGUCAUAAUCCAAGUCCAAAAGAUAAAUCAUUUAUGCCAGGGGGAUUAGCAACAAAUAGUCAGAGUUACAUCUUUGUGGCAGAUAAUGGUAACAACUGUAUUCACAUUAUAAGUGAAGAUGGGCAAUUCCUUCAUUUCAUUGAUUUCAAUCACUUGUUCAUCACUGAACAUCCACGAGACUUGUGCCUAGAUAAUAACGACAAUAUGUAUGUUGCAUUUGACAGUAAUUAUCACUUCAGAGAAGUGCAGAAAGUCAAGUAUAGGAGAUGUAAUUCAAUCAACAGCUCGAAAUGCUGAAUAACCUUCAGAAAAUUGGUAUGUUAGAGCAUAAAAUCCUUCCGGUAGUUAUGGAAUAGAUCUGUCUUAAGGUUGCCAAGUUGUAGACACAGUGACCAAAGCAUUGAAAAUGGAAGCAUCACCUUGCAUUUUUCUUUCAUUUGUGCACAAAAGCCAUGUACAGUACCUCUGAUGAAUUUUUUAAUGCAUGCAGUAAUCAA